AUAACCGAUUUUAAUGAAGAAUGGUGGAUCUUAUUUUUCGGCAAUUAGCUCUAAAUUCAAUUCCUACUACCGCACACACAGUCUUCUUUCUCAUUUCUCCGUCACCUUCUCUUUCGGGUCUCUCCUGUCCUGUCAAACUGUGAUAAAACCCCAACACCCCAAAACCCUAAAUCCCAAUUCCACUCAGAAACCCUAAUUCCGAAUUCCCCACCCCCAGCCCGAUGGCGAGCACCGGGCCGAACCUGGACUGCCGGAUGUACGAGGCGAAGUACCCGGAGGUUGAUCAUGCGGUGAUGAUACAGGUGAAGAGCAUGGCGGACAGCGGCGCGUACGUCUCACUCCUCGAGUACAACAACAUCGAGGGCAUGAUCCUCUUCUCCGAGCUGUCGCGCCGCCGCAUCCGCAGCAUCAGCAGCCUCAUCAAAGUCGGCCGCAUCGAGCCCGUCAUGGUCCUCCGUGUCGACAAGGAGAAGGGCUACAUUGAUCUCAGCAAGAGGCGUGUCUCCGAGGAGGAUAUUCAGGGUUGUGAGGAGCGGUUCAAUAAGAGUAAGCUCGUGCAUUCUAUCAUGCGCCAUGUCGCUGAGACCAUGAAUGCCGACCUAGAGGAUCUCUAUAUCCAUGUUGGCUGGCCUUUAUACAGGAAAUAUAGCCAUGCAUUUGAGGCAUUCAAAUUAAUUGUCAAUGAUCCUGAUUCUGUGCUUGAUUCACUAACUCGCGAAGUCAAAGAAGUUGGUCCUAAUGGAGAAGAGGUGACAAAGUUAGUUCCUGCAAUGUCAGAGGAAGUGAAAGAUGCAUUGGUAAAAAAUAUCAGGAGAAGAAUGACACCGCAACCCUUAAAAAUUCGAGCAGAUAUUGAAAUGAAGUGUUUCCAGUUUGAUGGGGUUCUGCACAUAAAGGAAGCAAUGCGUAAAGCUGAAGCUGCUGGAAACAAGGAUUGCCCUGUUAAAAUGAAACUUGUUGCUGCACCAGCAUAUGUCCUCAACACCCAGACUCUUGAUAAGGAGCAAGGCAUUGCAAUUCUAAACAAGGCAGUUGAAGCUUGCACAGAUGAAAUUGAACGUCAAAAGGGAAAACUUACAAUCAAGGAGGCACCAAGAGCGGUGAGUGAACGAGAGGACAAAUUGCUUGCGGAGCAUAUGGCCAAGCUGGCACGUGAAAACGAGGAGAUGAGUGGUGAUGAGGACAGUGAAGAGGAGGAAGAUACAGGGAUUGGAGAAAUCGAUGUGGAGAACUCACUCACCGGGAUAACAGAGUAAGAAUUAUGCUUUGUUCUUACUGGGGAAAAAGCCAAACUAUACUUUCAUGGUUUUCUGCCAAGUUUUGGUUUCUGAAAUCGAUAUAAAAAGGUUAUAUACAGCGUCACGCACCCUCAUUUGUUUGAUUCUAUUUAGCUUGACAGUUAGAUUUAGUAAGUGGAGGAUUGCACAGAUUUUAGUACAACAUUGGUUGCCCUAUUUUGGUUUUGGAUUGGAAUUGGGAGGAGAGUUUAUUAGAGGAAGAUGCAGGAAUUAGGAGUUUUUGUAUAUAAAAUUUUAUCUUUAAAAAUAUUUGUUCACUGCGAUGGUAUUGUGCAAUACUUAGUGGAUAUAUUUUAAAAUUUUA